UGUAUUGGAACAGACAAUCAUACAGAAAAAUCGGAAUCUCAAAGGGAAGAACAAGUCUUCGAUCAAUCAUAUUUCUAGAGAUGCCAGCGAUUAUCAACCAAUUUCAAUUUCAAUUUCAGUUUCCCUUUUCGGAUCGAAGAACAAGAAGAAUAGAAAAUUUUACCGUCAUACAGUUGAAUCGAUACAAUCAUCAAGUCAACUCAAAGUCCAAUCCAAUCUCCAAAUCUCAAUCGAAUUCCCCCUUCCCCCGAAUCAAUGAUCGCAGAACAGUUUCCUCGAUUCUCCGAUUGAGAAAAAAAAUUUCAAAAUGGGGAAAGGGAGCGGAUGCGUACCUAGCAAGAACAGGGCAUCGGAUCCGAUUGCCGUUAMCGAGCAACGUCCCGAUCAUCCUGAAAUCGCCGCUCGAUCUGGAGAAAUCUCGAGGAAUUUGAGGAUCUUCAUCGUGUAUUACUCGAUGUACGGUCACGUGGAGCAGUUGGCGAAGAGGAUGAAGAUAGGAGUGGAUUCUGUGGACGGCGUGGAAGGAGUUCUGUUCAAGGUGCCGGAGACGCUGCCGGCGGAGACUCUGGAGCAGAUGAGAGUGCCGGAGAAGGACGACGGUGUGCCGGUGAUCACGGUGGAGAAGAUGACGGAGGCGGACGGGUUCUUGUUCGGAUUUCCGACGAGGUACGGGGCCAUGGCGGCGCAGAUGAAGUCGUUCUUCGAUUCGACGGGUGAGCUGUGGGAGGAACAGAGGCUGGCCGGAAUUCCCGCCGGAUUCUUUGUGAGUACCGGAACCCAGGGCGGCGGCCAAGAGACGACGGCUUUGACAGCAGUGACUCAACUAGCACACCAUGGGAUGGUGUAUGUUCCAAUAGGGUAUACAUUUGGGAGUGAAAUGUGGAAAAUGGAGUCCAUAAGGGGAGGAUCUCCAUAUGGGGCAGGAGUCUUCUCUGGUGAUGGCUCAAGACCCCCAUCUCCCACUGAGCUUCAUCUUGCUCACCAUCAAGGCAAGUACAUGGCCACCAUUGUUAGAAGAUCUCCCCCUAAAUCUUGACCUUUUUUCUUCUUCUUUCUUUSGUUGAAUUAUGCGUUUAGUCCUUAUACUUAAUUAUUGAAGUCUCGUAUGUUUGUUUACUUUGUAUAAGUGUUAUUGUUGUCUCUAUCAAUUCAUUUGAUUUGCUUCUGCUGUUA